AUGGCUGACAAUGAAAAUAGACAACGCCCAGCACCGGCCGGUGAACUUAACCUUGAGAAAAAGGAAGAUGACGAGCAAGGAUUGGACAUCCGGACGAUCAUCCGACAUUCUCAUUUCAACAGAACCGGUUAUCUAGAGAAUGAUAUUGCAGUUGUGAAGCUGAAAACCAAAAUUACAUUCAAUGAMAAGGUUCGACCUAUUUGCCUCCCAACAAAGCGUUUUCCGGAUGGRGAAAAUUGUUACGCUACUGGUUGGGGAUGGGUUAAAAAGUGGAAGAAAGGCGACGAGCCAACAAAAAGCCCUAUUCUACAACAGCUCAAACUUCCCCUGGUUUCUGAUAAGAAGUGUAAAAAAAUGGUCAGAAAAAUGUUCACGAGUCAGAUCUGUGGCGGCUAUAAAACAGAAUCUAAAGGCACAUGUAAGGGUGACAGUGGUGGACCGCUGGCCUGUAAGAACAAAUCUGGAGUAUGGGACCUGCUGAGAGCUGAAGUCGACUGCAUUAAUUCUCAUAAUAUAUUCAUUCAUACCAACACGACACGGUUGCCACGAUUUGUUUGUUUUUUUUUUGCUGACAUUCACUCUGGUGGACCGCUGACCUGUAAGAACAAAUCUGGUAUCUGGGACCUGGCUGGAGUUGUGAGCUUUGGAAGAGGUUGCGCUCGCAAGAAUGAAUAUGGCGUGUAUACCAACAUGGCUGAACUCAAAGGAUGGGUCGAAGAUCAAAUCAACAAAAAYUAG